CGUUUCGCCUUUCAUCAAUUCAAACCCUAAUCACAAUGAUCCCCUCCUCGAAAGCCGUCGUCUUUGCGAGGCAGAUGGCGAAGAAGAUUCGCGCCACGACGCCGUUUACGCGCUUCAUCUCAACGGGCGACGACAACCCUCCCGAGCCUUUACCCAACAGACCCUUGCGAGGGCAGAGAUCUUCCAACUCCUCCGCUAAGCCUCCGCAAGACACACUCUCUGAUCAUAGCUUCCUCGAACAGUUCAAGCUUGGUGUAGUCCAUCAGGAAGAGGAGCGAAAGCCCAAGGAGGAAACAAGCCAGCCAAUACCGCCUCCCGAAGACGCGGAUGAGAUCUUCAAGGCGAUGAAGGAAGGAGGGCUGAUCCCUAACGCAGUCGCGAUGCUUGAUGGGCUAUGUAAAGAUGGGCUUGUGCAGGAAGCGAUGAAGCUGUUCGGGUCGAUGCGCGACAAGGGUACGAUCCCUGAGGUGGUUAUCUACACUGCUGUUGUGGAGGGGUUUUGCAAGGCUCAUAGAAUUGAUGACGCUAAGAGGAUUUUCAGGAAGAUGCAGAGCAGUGGGAUUUCUCCAAAUGCGUUCAGUUAUGGUGUCUUGGUUCAGGGAUUGUGCACUUGCAACAUGCUUGAUGAUGCUGUUGAUUUUUGCGUUGAGAUGCUGGAGUCUGGUCACUCUCCCAACGUUCCCACUUUCGUUGGAUUGGUUGAUGCCUUGUGCAGAGAAAAGGGCGUUGAACAAGCUCGGUCCGCUAUUGACACGUUGAACGGGAAAGGAUUUGCUGUUGAUUUGAAGGCCGUUAAGGAUUUCAUGGAGAAGACGGCGCCGUUUCCGUCCUUGGCUUGGGAAGCCAUUUUCAAGAAGAAACCAGUCGAGAAACCUUUCUGAAUGUAGUAGCAACCCUGGGACAGAGAAAAAAUAAAGACCUGCGGGUUCAGAUUAUCCAGUUCGGUGUCUUUGGCCUGUGAUAGAUAUUAUAUCAAAUGGGUUUCAAAAGUUUCACACUUUUGAGUCUUGGAAGUUAGAACCAUCUUUGAUCAAAUUUUGAAAUUCGGAUCUGAGGUUCAGUUUUAGUUAAAUGUGUUAAAUCGGUCAGAUUUUAUAGCAAAAAUUGUUACCAGAUUGGAUUUGAAUAUGUUAUCGAUCAGGUAGGUUCCAGUUUCAUGGACAAAGAAUGGUUCCAUAUUUUCAUAAAUAUAUAUAGUUGUUUUUU